AUGCAUUUUCAGAGCAAUGCAAACGCAACAUUGUCCGUUAGAUUGUUCAACUGCGCCUUCAUUGUUGCCAGAUCUGCAACCAUAAGCUUAAAGAAUUUGCCAAGGCACCAGUUUGGGAAUCUACAGGGGAAGAUGUUCCCAGCCUACUUCAUGUUGAUAUCAGUGUGUUCAGCCAUCUCGGUAGCAGCAUUUGCAUACAUCCACCCAUGGAAGACAGCUUCAACUAUUGAGCGUUACCAGCUGGGAUUCCUUCUUGCGGCCCUUGGUUUUAACCUCUCCAAUCUUCUUGUCUUCACCCCCAUGACCAUCGAGAUGAUGAUGAAGAGGCACAAGAUCGAGAAGGACCUCGGCAUCGGCAGCGAGGUGGGGGGUUCGAGGAAUUCCGACGUUGCGAAGACGAGUCCCGCGCUUGCGACGAUGAACAAGAAGUUCGGGAUGAUCCACGGGCUGUCGUCGCUGGCAAACAUCAUGGCGUUCGGCAGCCUUGCCAUGCACUCCUGGCAUCUCGCCAGCAAGCUCAAGCUGUGACUGGCUGAAGGUUAAGUACCUCCAUCAGUCCAUCUUAUGACCCCUCUUAUCAGCGGGUGGAAGGAGAGCUUAUAGUCUAGGUCGAUUACAGCUAAUGAAAGAGUUGUGUGCGAACUCUGAACCUGCGUGAUGAAGUGGCCUUGAGGUAAUAAAACAGAGUGCAUGGAGUGUCUCCCUGAUUAU